AUGGCAGACACAUCAAGAGUGGACAAGCUCACACAAACAGUCGAGUCCCUAAUCAUUAGUGACAAUCUACAAGGCAACAUGGCCAGCGUUUCCGAGACAUUUGGUCAUCUUGUGGAGUCCAUUGCGCAAUCCAAGGACAAUGGUGCAUUAUGGGAACAGGCAACACGAUUGGCACAAACGGUGGCAGGCACACUCGUCUCAGAAUCGACACGUGCAUCUUUCGGUGAAACCGGUGGCAUCACGCAUGUUACUCGUUUAUUGCAACUCGCUGAGGAGAAUGAUACCUUCAAAGUACAAGCCUUACGUGUGCUUGGUAAUGCAUGCAUCGAUUACGACGACAAUCGAAAGCGUGUACAUGAAGGUGGUGUGGUGGAUAUGGUCAUUCCCUUUCUCCAAGAACAUCAAAAUCAUGAAUUGACCAAGGUGGCAUGUGGUUUUUGCUUGAAUAGCAGUGUGGAUUAUGAGCCGAUCCAAAAAACCAUUGGCAGCAGUGAUGGUAUCGAAUACCUUUCCAAAUUGUUGAAGCCUGCUCGACUCGACCAUGGCGAACUUGUCACCGUCCUAUUGGCAGCACGUGCCUUGGACAACUUGAUGCAUGAAGAUACCGCACGUGCAAAGUUUGUAUCAUGCAAUGAUGCCAUUGAGCGUCUUUUGGACUUGAUCAAGUACGAAUGGCAGGUGGAUCAAUUUACAAAUUUGGAUUUGCUCGGAUCUCUCGUGGAUGUUUUACUCCAGGCUGUGGCUGAAGAUGAGGCCGCACAAAAUGCAGUUGUGGAUUCCGGCAACUUUAUCAUGCUCCUUGAUUUUGUUGAACAUGCUGAAUUACCGGAUGAAGAGGAGAACGACGAAGAGGAAAAGAAGCAGUUUGAAGAAAUCAUGACAACCGUUACCAAGUGCGUGGUGUGUGCUAUCUCAAGCGACAGCAAGAUGAAUGAGUUAUACAAGAAUGAUCACCUACUUGGACGAUUCAUUGGUUGGGCACGCUCGAAAUCGGAAGUUUUGGCACAAACAGGAGUCUAUGCAUUGGGCAAUCUUGCACGAUCAGAUGAAAUCUGUAUCGAACUCGUCAAACGACAUCAUCUGCAUCAAGCUUUAUUGGAAGCAUUCAACUUGACGGACAAGGCAACUUUCAGAUACGCUAUUUUGGGUUGUCUUAAGCACCUAUGCCUUGCCAAGGAGAACAGGUCGAUCAUUGGUGAAGCAAAUGUUAUCCCCACAAUUGCACCGUUACUAGAGACCACCAACGACAUGCUCAAACGCAAUCAAUUCCUUACCAUUGGCAUCAUCAAGUUGCUUUGUGCCAACGAAUAUACCAACUCUAAAGAGGUCAUUAGCGGUGCUGUUGCAGGAGAUGAAAGCAAGACCCCAUUGGAGCUCGUUCUCGCAUGUUUGGAUCGUUUUGAUGAUGUAGCAGCCAAGAGUGAAGCAACAAGAAUUUUGACCAAUUUGAUCAAGUCUGUGUGGCUCCAUCAAGGCAACGAAGGAUCGUCCUCUUUAAGAAAGAAGCUUCUCGAUCAAAGAGUGGUCCAGCCCAUUGUUGAAAUGACUCGCACAUCCAAUUUCCCUGUAUUAAAGAAUGAUGGUGUUAUUGCCCUGUCGUCUAUUCUUGCUGCAUGGCAAAUGGAGGAUUCCCAAGAUAUGAUCAAUGUGUUAUCUUUAAUUAUUGCUGAGGCACCACCCUUACCUGAAGUGCAGCCUAAUGACGAGGAGCAGGAGCAGGAACAGGAACAACAACCCAAACCAGAGACCCGUUCGUUCCUUGAAGUGAUCACAGGCAUGAUGAUGACAACAAAUGACGGCAACAACAGCCGACCCAUUCCUCCUGAGAUGCAAUGGAAUGUGUGUGUGCUUUUAGAGAAGAUUGUGGAAGCAGCCAAAGGCGUUGAAUAUCAAGCUGCCAUCGACAAGAUCAAAAUGAGCUCUUUCACAACCUUGGAACAAGCAGCUCAACGACCUGAUAUGGUGGGGACUGCAGCUCAAAAAGUGGUGGCUACCCUCAACUCGUAG